CGCAACAUGGCAGCCAUAAUUCCAAAAUUCUCAUUCUUUGAAAAAUUGCCUUGUCUUUCUUUUUUAACGUCGGUUUUCGACCUGGACGUAUCACUAUAAUAAAGCUGUGAACAUGGCUCCAAGAAAAGGAAAGACUCCAAAGGAAGAUGUCCAGCUUCAACUUGGACCACAAGUUCGUGAAGGUGAAAAUGUAUUUGGUGUUGCACACAUUUUUGCAAGUUUCAACGAUACAUUUGUUCAUGUAACUGAUUUAUCAGGCCGUGAAACAAUUGUUCGUGUAACUGGAGGUAUGAAAGUCAAGGCUGAUCGUGAUGAAGCUUCACCCUAUGCUGCUAUGUUGGCUGCUCAAGAUGUUGCUGAAAAAUGUAAAUCACUUGGUAUCACUGCUCUUCAUAUUAAAUUGAGAGCAACUGGUGGUAACAGAACAAAAACACCAGGACCAGGUGCACAAUCAGCACUUCGUGCUCUUGCACGUUCAUCAAUGAAAAUUGGACGUAUUGAAGAUGUCACACCAAUUCCAUCAGAUUCAACACGUAGAAAGGGUGGUCGUCGUGGUCGCAGACUUUAAGCUAAUAUUAUGGUUUUGUGUAAUUAUUUUAUUACAUUAUAAUUCUUUAAAAUAAAACAAAAAAAAAAUUAAAAAACAAAAU